GUAAUGCAGGGGGGAAAGAAAAAUCAACCAAUACCAUGCCGGUUGAAUUGUUUUUAAAGAAACGCAAAAACCCUUGGCUACGGUUUGACUCGCGCAGAGACUCUUCUUGGGGAGACCACAGACAAGGUCCCUUCCAAGUAGUAAACAGAUGAUGUUGAAGAGAGCCCUGCAGAAUCUGAGAGUACCUUCAGAAAGUAAAAGGAAAAGAAUCUCUAGCACGGUAUAUGAUAAAACCUGUGCUAUUGAUUUGUGUGCAGAAGCAUCUGGAGCUCACAGAAAACGAAGGAGGGAACAAUUUAGUAUCAUUGACAAGAACGUUAAGCUUAAAAAGCAGCAAACUGCUAAAGAUUCAAAUAGCGUGGACAAAAGAGUUGCAUCCAUGGAUUAUAUCUCACAAUUGCCUGAUACUGUCAUCCAUAUCAUCCUCUCUCUCCUUCGUAGUACAAAAGAUGCUGCUCGAACCAGUAUCUUGUCUAAGAGGUGGAGGGACUUGUGGACCUCUUUCUCUGUUUUGACAUUCGACCAACGGACUUUUCAAGAACUAGAGGGAGUUCAAAGUAUGGAGAACUGCAAUGAGGUGUUUAAGCAGUUUAUUGAUAAGUCUCUCCAGAGCCACCUGGAUCGUAAGUUAGGUAUAUAUAAAUUUGUUCUACAUUUAACCUCCUAUGAUCCAGCAUUGGUUCAUCAUAUGGAACGGUGGUUUGGACUUGCAGCUGAAAAUAACGCAAAAGAACUAGGUUUCCAUGUUCAUGUGAAUGGAACUAGGCGCUACAUUUUGCCCAAGAAUGUCUUUGUUGCAGAAGGAAUAACUGGAUUAAGGCUGCAAGGCUGUAAACUUGAAACUUGCACUAUUAUAAAGCUUCCUCAUCUGCAAAAGCUAUAUCUGCGAAAUCUUCGUGUUGAUCAACUGAUAAUUAUGAAUCUCAUUUCCAGCUGCCCUCUAAUUGAUGAUUUGAGACUCAUACAAUGCUCGGGGUUAAGUUGUUUGGACAUUUCAAGUCUUCUUAAACUUGAUAGGGUUGAGGUACACUGCUGCAAUGUACUCAAGAAGAUAGAUAUUACAGCUCCUAGUCUUCAAGCAUUUUGGUAUUCUGGGAAGAAACAAGUGUCCUGCAAAAUUAACUUGAAAGAUUGCGAGUCUCUGAAAAGGCUGAAACUAGAAGACAGUAGAAUGACAAACAACCAGUUUCAUGGUCGAUUCUUCAGUUUUCCUCUCCUAGAGAAACUGGAGCUAAGUAACUGUCUCAAGUUGACGAAUAUAAGAAUUGGAAGUCAUUGGCUGAACAGACUAGUCUUAAGAGGUUGCAAGAAUCUAGAGGAAGCGGAGAUCGAUACUCCAAAUCUUCUUUCAUUUGAGUAUCAAGGUGAUAAAUUCCCCUUUUCUUUUCUGAAUCCUAAGUGUUUGAAGGAGGUCAAGCUUUCAUUUGCACCAAUGGAAGAUAGGAAGCUAAAACUUAACCUCAAAUCUGAGCCUCUUUGGUUUCCUAAGUUGCGAGAAUUUCUUGGGAAGUUCGACCAUAAAGGCUUGAAACUGGUUGUGCGCACCAGUAAGAAUGUCAUCAUCCAUGAAGAUUUUGGAGAAAUUUUGCUUUCUACAUGCGGUGGUCUCAAAAUUGAAAUGGUCCAAUCUUCAGUGGGUACUGAAGAACUAUUAGAUAUUUCAUUGCAUAAAGGACAUCCACAGACCCUAUCUAUAAUGUCAUCUUCCAGCAGUGAAUUCCCAAAGUUGGUACAUGAGAAGAUUAUCAAUAGAAAGGAGGCUCCAACCUGCUGCACAAGUAAUAAUCCCAACAACAAGUGUUGGCGACACUUCUUGAAGGAUGCCAAGAUGGUGAACUUGAAAGGGGCUAAAGGCAAAAAUGACUCUGAGUCGAUGGCUUGGUUGAAGUCACGUCCAAAUGCUAACAAGAUUGCUUGUUUUAGAUUGGAGUGGAAAUCUGACAAAGAUGGUAGGAAGGCGUCCCGCUAAGAUCUACAUUUAACUUUUAUUUCAGUUUUUCAUUAAAUUUUAUAUGACCACGAAUGAAUUCAUUUUUGGAUCCUAUUUGAAUAUUACUUUUUGAUAUUAUGCUUGGAGAUUAUAUGACUAUAUAUGGCCAUUCUUUGGGUUUUCUUUA